GAAUUGUUGAUUGUUGAUGAUAAGUUCUCACUUUGGUGUCUGAGUAGGACAGAGUCAUGAAGAUCCUUCUGCUCUUGGGGCUGGUAGUUCUGGCAGAAUGUGGUGUGGUAAAGGUUUCCCUCAGAAAAGGAGAAUCUUUAAGGGCCCGUUUAAACAGACUAGGAUUACUGGGUGACUAUUUAAAGAAACAUCACUAUAAUCCAGCAACUAAGUAUUUUCCAUCUUUAGCCCAGGCAUCUGGUGAGCCCCUGCAGAACUACAUGGAUAUUGAAUAUUUUGGAACCAUUUCCAUUGGAACCCCACCUCAGUCCUUCACCGUUAUCUUUGAUACAGGAUCUUCCAACUUGUGGGUUCCCUCUGUUUACUGUUCCAGCCCAGCCUGCACCAAUCACCACAUGUUUAACCCACAGAAAUCAUCAACCUUCCAAGCUACCAACACCCCAGUAUCUAUCCAAUAUGGCACUGGUAGCAUGUCUGGGUUUCUUGGAUAUGACACGGUGCAGGUUGGAAACAUCCAAAUCACUAACCAGAUUUUUGGUUUGAGCCAGUCUGAACCUGGAUCAUUCUUGUAUUAUUCUCCUUUUGAUGGAAUCUUGGGAUUGGCAUUUCCAAGCUUGGCAUCUUCUCAAGCUACACCUGUAUUUGAUAAUAUGUGGAACCAGGGUCUCGUCCCUCAGGAUCUCUUCUCUGUCUAUCUAAGUUCUCAAGGGCAGAGUGGCAGCUUUGUUCUCUUUGGUGGCGUAGACACCUCAUAUUACACUGGAAACCUGAACUGGGUCCCUCUCACCGCAGAAACAUAUUGGCAGAUAACGGUGGAUAGCAUAUCCAUUGGAGAUCAGGUCAUUGCAUGCAGUGGCUCCUGCUCAGCUAUUGUUGAUACGGGAACAUCUCUUCUGGCUGGACCAUCUACCCCUAUCGCCAACAUUCAGUACUACAUUGGAGCAAGUCAAGAUUCAAAUGGACAGUAUGUUAUCAACUGCAACAACAUCAGCAACAUGCCAACUGUUGUGUUUACAAUCAAUGGUGUCCAAUAUCCACUGCCAGCAAGUGCAUAUGUUCGUCAGAGCCAGCAGGACUGCACCAGUGGAUUCCAGUCAAUGAACCUGCCAACCAGUUCAGGAGAUCUGUGGAUUUUGGGAGAUGUGUUUAUCCGAGAAUACUAUGUGGUCUUUGACAGAGCCAAUAAUUAUGUAGCAAUGGCACCAAUUGCAUAAAAAAAAAUAGCUUUUUCUCUGUUAUUCCCUUAUCUAUUCUCUUUAAUAUAAAUAAUAACAUUGUCCUUCAUAGCAUUGCAGAUGUUCAGCUGUUCUGUUUUAAUAAAAAAUAACUUCUAUCAGUACAACCCCAACUAUAGCUUGUUUUGGAUUGAAAUGCAACAUUAGGAUAACAAUGUACAAUAAAACAUCUUUGAGCAUUAUGA